AUGUCUAAGAAAGUUCAAAACGAAUUAAUCGAAACUAUCUCAAUCAAAGUAUCCAAAGAAUGCUAAAUUCAAAGAUCAGCAAUAAAGGAAUUAGUCAAGUUGAUGUUCAGCUAGAAAAAAUACUUCAAAAAUUUUGAGUACUUAAGCAGUGGCGCUUAUGCUCUUCUCUUAAAGGCUUAGAAUUCUUAACAGAAUCGCCAAGUAGCUCUCAAAUUCAUAGGGAGCUCAAACCAAGAGGACAAGAAUGGAAUUGAAUCUUUGAAAAAGGAGUAUGAAAUGCUUCAAAAGUUUAGCCAAUCAGAAUUUUUAGUAAAUGUAUAUGAUUGCUUCUAUUUAAUGGAAGAAAAAGAAGAUGAAGAUGCUGAUGGAAACGAUAUUAUCGUUUAAACUGAAGUAAAAUCCUUCUUUGUAAUGGAAAUGGAGCUUUGCGAGAAUUUGCGCUAAGCAGAUUUAAUUAAUUUAGAAAAUGAUUCCCCAUAAUUAAGAAUUUUUCAUUUAUUUUGA